CCGGGCUGCCACCACAACACUGCUUGACAAUUAGCAUGCUGACAAAGCCAAAAAACAUUUGCUUGCUCAGACUGGCUAACCUGAAGCUAAAUUUUUUUUAAGAUAAGGAACUUAAAUUUAGAAAGAAAUACUAGUUUAUUUGAAUUUUUGGAACUUAUACUUAGCUUCUAUAUCUAAUAUACACCGCCACCCAUACCAUCAGUUGUUGCCAUGGCAUCUGCAGCUCUGGAGCUGAUGGGCUUCUUCUUGGGCCUGCUGGGGAUGCUGGGUACCAUGGUCGCCACAGUGCUACCAUACUGGCAGAUUUCUGCCCACAUUGGCUCCAACAUUGUCACAGCCGUGGCCAACAUGAGGGGCCUGUGGAUGGAAUGCGUCUACCAGAGCACAGGGGCCUUCCAGUGUGAGACCUACAACUCCUUGUUGGCCCUGCCCUCCAACCUGCAGGCCUCUCGUGCCCUCAUGGUCAUCUCCAUUGUGCUGUCUGUCCUCGCCAUUGCCAUGGCGGUCCUAGGGAUGCAGUGCACUCUCUGCUUAGAGGGUUCAGGUGGAGUUAAGAGUCGGGUGGCAGGUGCCAGUGGGGGCUUGUUUCUUGCCGCGGGCUUCCUGGCACUCAUACCGGUGGCGUGGACCACACAUGAGGUGGUCCAGACCUUCUACCGACCCACCAUAUCGGCCAGCAUGAAGUAUGAGCUGGGGGACUGUUUGUAUGUUGGUCUGGCCUCUGCUCUCGCCUCCAUGCUGGGAGGGGGGAUGCUUUCUGUGUCAUGCUGUGAGGAGCAGGAUGGAGGCCGUGGGAGACGGCAUGCUGGUGGGUAUCCAUACCCAUUAGGAGGUGGCAUGCCGGGCACAGGGGCACGGACCACCUCACAGACCUAUCGCAACCCCAACCUGCAGGUGGGGGGCAUCAACACAGCCAGCAUGGUCCGCAAUACCAGUGGCAGCUCCCAGUCAAGUGCACAUGGAGUCCAGGGAGCCAAGAAGCCCAAUGCAGCAGGAUAUGACAUUACAGGAUAUGUCUGAGGUUACUGUUACUCCAUCACACGUUUAAAUGUGGUCCGCUGACAACUUUGUUUGAUUAACUGUAUUCAUAAAGUGUAUUUAAAUGAAUGUUCACACUAUAUACUUGACGGAGAAUCAAGACAAAUUAAAUACAUGACAAACAAAUGAGAGAUGAGUAAACUGUAUGACAAGAAUCUGGCUUGUCACGCUGUGUUUGAUGGCCUUUCUGCAAUCUGUGGUGGGUCCUUUUUUAAAGAUUUGUUAAAUAAAGUGCAAUUGUGGCAUUUCCGUACAAUUAGACUGCAACAAACUAUUUUACUGUUUUUUUCUCUGUUAAAGUUUCAUCUUUUCUUAAGACUGUACACAUUUAUAAGUGUAGGAUCUGACACAUUUCCAUUACUUUGAUAGCAACUUAUCUGUUAUGUAGGAAAGUCAAAUGACACACACACAGAGAAGCAUGUCCUCAUACUUAAACAAAUAAUGGGUAUUUUGUCAAAGCGGCCAAAAACGAUAUGACAAUACCAGUUCAGCAACAGGCAUACCGGACCUUAAAUCUGCUAUGGAAGUCAUAUGACGAAUGCGCCAUAUGGUACAAAAUGUUUUGAUUGGAAAUAUAUGGUUCUACAAUUUUACAUAUCAGAAAUACUUUCCAAAGAUCCAAAUUACAUUACACAAACCUUUCUAUGAUCUUACUGCAGCCGCUGUGUUCUGUCUAUACAUAAAGCCAACCAAUGCUUUGGUUUUGCUGCACGAGCACUGCAGACUGUAGGAAAAGAAAAAUAAGUCAAAUUUAAUGGCAUUGUAUUUAAAAAAUAUUAAUGGUUCAUGGAAAUGCAUCAUUCUCUCACUGAUGCCUGGACUGUUCGAACAUUUUGACUUCCUGUUGAUAUUUGGUAAUUCUAUAUUACUUGGACAGUCCACUGUUGAUAACUGUUAACUGUUUGCUGCUUUUGUAGAUAUUCACCGUCACUGUCAAAUCUGAACCCAAACCUGACAUUUCCAAUCUGAGCCCUACAGAAUACCUCUCACAGUACUGUAUCACCUGAAACCUUUUUUACCGACUCAUUACAGCCUAUCCAUUGCCAGUUAGCUAAUAUGCUACUGGACUUCCCACAUGAAGUGUAACCAAAAGUAUUCAAAUCUGUUUUCAUACUAAAUAAUGUUGUGCCUUAUUAUUAUUAUCAAAGU